GCGCAACGAAGCCGCACUCUGGGCUUCGCCCGGGCCCUUGGCGCCACCUGGUACAUCACACAACGAGCCAAGUCUGCCUAUACUCGAGGCCUGCUGCGCGCGCGCCCGUGGUUCUCGCUGCGGACUCAAAAAAGGAGCAGCAGCACCAAGAGCACGUUAACUCCGCGUUCGCGCCAGCGGUUCGCUCUGAGGACUCGAAAAGGGAGCAGCAGCACCAAGAGAGCACGUUAACAGCGCGAACGCGAUGGACCUCGCCUACGAGGACGACGUGGUCGACCUGACGGGCGCGACGGAGUCGCCGCCGCGCCCCCUCGCGCCCGUGAGCGCCAAACGCGAGGCCGGGACCGCGAGCGGCGCGCCGGCGAAGAAGAAGCCCAAGGCGGCGCCGGCGGCGACGACCAAGACCGGCCGGCGGCGCGAGCGCCAGAAGCGGAACGCGGACGUGCGCAGCGGCCUCAAGCCGCUGCCGACGCCGAUCGUCGACUUCGACGCGGAGGCGGCGCGCGGCAUGCUGACGCUGACGCGCGAGGGCGUGCCGGUGCACCUGCCGCGCGCCCGGCCGCCGUACCGGUCGCAGCUCCAGGUCAUGGACGGCGCGAUUCGAGCGGUGCGGGCCGCGCGGUCGGCGCUGCUCGAGUCUCCGACGGGGACGGGCAAGACCCUCGCGGCGCUCGCCGCGGUGCUGGCCUGGCAGCGGCAGCACGCGCACGACACGCCGACGCGCGUCGUCUGGGUCGCGCGGACGCACGACCAGCUGCAGCACGCCGUCCACGAGUACAAGCGGUCGUGCCCGUACCGGCCGCUCAUGUCGCUGCGGCUCUCGCGCGAGCGGUUCUGCCUGCACCCGAACAUCGCGACGGCGCCGAACAAGGCCGAGGCCUGCGAGGAGGCGACGAAGAUACGCAAGCCCUCGACGAAGAAGAGCAAGGGCUGCGCGCACCUCGACAAGGCCGAGCGCAUCGGCUACCCGCAGGGGAAGAAGUGGCGGCCGCACUUUCGCCUCGGCGGGCCGAUGGUCGUCUGGGACAUCGAGGACGCCGUCAAGGAGGGCAAGGCGACGCACGUCUGCCCGUUCCACAUGGCCCAGGACCAGAUCCAGGAGGGCGCCGCGCUCAUCUUCAUCACGUACUCGCAGCUCGUCGACCCCGUGAUCCGCCGCGCCGGCGGCCUCGACGCGGUUCUGGAGGACGCGGUCGUCGUCGUCGACGAGGGGCACAACCUGCCGUCGGUCGCGCGCGACGCCGCUUCCUACGAGGUCACGGAGGACCGCCUCGCGGACAUGGUCAAGACGCUCGAGGAAUUCGCGCCGCACCUCGGCGAAUACCCCGAGGCGCAGGCCAUGCUCGAGAGCCUCAUCGCGCCGCCGCCGGGCUCCUUCGAGGCCGUCCAGGCGCGGCUCGACGCGCCGCCGCCGACGAAGCGGAAGAAGAAGCCGAAGCUGCGGUUCCGCGUGACGGCGCGCGGCGGCCCGCUCCGCUCCCUGCUGGCGUGGCUCCGCGGCGCGACGGCGCCGACCUGCGCCGCGGCGCCGCUCGGCGCCCCGGCGACGAGGAAGCGCGACGCCUUCAAGGACGAAGAGGAGCGCAUCUGGCGCGGCGCGGACGCGGCGACGCUCGUGCGAGACGUCCUGGGCCUCGAGAACGCGGAGCGCGUCGACGAGCACUGCAAGAUGCUCUGGAAGAUGCGCAAGGACCUCAUCGACGAGGGCCUGGAGAGCGGCGCCGUCCGGUCCGACACGAUCAACGACCUCGAGGCGAUCCUCGUCAAGCUCCGGUACCUGCUCGACCCCGCGGCGGCCACGCGCUACAAGCUGAUCGCCACGUCGGCGCCGCGGCGCGACGUCUUCCCGAAGGGCGCGACGCGGGCCGCGCGCGACGCGCGCAACGCGAUGACCGACGCGCAGCGCCGGCGCCGCGUCCUCGGCUGCGACGGGGAGCGGCGCCGCGCGAUCUCGUUCCUCUGCCUCGAGGGCUCCGUGGCCAUGGAGACGCUGACGCGCGGCCAGCGCGCCGCGGGCCUCGGCCAGGCCGAGUGGCGGCGGCCGUGCCGGUCGCUCCUGCUGCUGUCGGGCACGCUGCGGCCGUUCGACCUGCUCGCGCGCGAGCUCGGCUUCGAGCUCGGCGCCUGGGACCGGACGGACCUGCCGCCGCCCGCGCUCCCGCCGUCGUCGGCGCCGGCGGUCAAGGACGAGAACGCGGCGCCCGACGCCGGCGCGCCGGAGCCGAAGCUUCUCUCCCAGGCGUACGCGGCGCACGCCGUCGCCGCGUGCCACCUGCCGACGCUGGCGCCGGCGCCGGGCCGACCGGCGGCGCUCGCGGCGCUGCAGCUCGCGCGCGCGGCGGGCACGGAGCUCGACGGCUCGUACGCGAACGCGACCAAGGACCCCGAGUCGACGACGUCGCGGCGCUACUACGACGCCGUCGCGACCGCGCUGCUGGGCGUCGCGGCGGCCACGCCCGGCGGCGUCCUCGUGUUCUUCAAGUCGUACCAGCUCCUCGAGCUCGCGACGGCGCGCUGGGAGACGACGGGCGGCCGCGCGAGGCUCGAGGCCGAGAAGCGCGGCAACGUCUUCGUCGAGGUCCGGCGCCAGUCGGGCGACGAGUUCGACGCGCUCGUCGGCGCCUACCGCGCCGCCGCGGCCACGCCGGCCGGCGCCAUGCUCCUCGCCGUCAUGCGCGGCCGCUCGGCCGAGGGCGCCGACUUCAAGGACGACGCCGCGCGCUGCGUCGUGAUCGUCGGCGUGCCGUACCCGCCGCGCUUCGACGCGGCGACGCGGCUCAAAAUCGAGCACGCCGGCCGCGACGGCGAGACGUGGUACAAGGCCGAGGCGUACCGCAACGUCAACCAGGCCGCGGGCCGCCUCAUCCGCCACUCGAAGGACUACGGCGCGCUCGUCCUCCUCGACCGCGCCCUCCACAAGCACCCGAUGAUGUCCGAGUGGUUCGCGGAGCGCAUCGAGCGGCCCAGCGGCGCCACGGAGCUCCACCACCGCCUCCGGAGCUUCUUCUCCGCGCGGGCCCCGCUCGUGAUCGAUUAG